AUGCCAGAUCUACUCCGCAACAAAGUCAUCCUCGUAACCGGAAGCUCAUCCGGAAUUGGUCGAGAGAUCGCAGCCCGAUGCGCCCAGCAAGGAGCAUCCAUGGUUCUGCACCAUCUGGGAACGCCCCAGACCGAACAAGAGGCGCGUUCACUUCACGACGAAAUCCCAACUCCCAUUCUAGAUGGCAGACCAACCACCCACCUCAUUGUCGGCCAUGACCUGACAGCCGACGACGCGCCGGACACGUUAAUCCACCAGACGGUCUCGGCAUUCGGACGAAUCGACGUCCUCGUCAACAACGCUGGGAUCUGCGAAUUUGCCCCCGCGGAGUCAGUCACCAAGUCUCUCCUCACCCACCACAUGGACGUCAACUACACCGCCGCAUAUCUCUUGACGCGCGCCGCAUCACAGCAAAUGGCCCGCCAAGGCUCCGGCGGCAGCGUGAUAUCCAUCUCGUCCAUCACGGCUCUUCUUGGAUCCGCGAACCUCACGCACUACGCCCCCAGCAAAGCUGCGUUGCUGGCGAUGUCGAAAUCCUUUGCCGUGGAGUACGGUGCGCGAGGGAUCCGAUAUAAUUGUGUGCUUCCGGGGACGAUCCAGACUAAGAUGAACGAAAGGGACUUGGCGGUUGGCGGGAAGAAGGCGUUCUUGGAGAGCAGAGUACCGUUGGGAAGGUUGGGUUGGCCGCGUGAUUUGGCUGGCGCGGUCAUGUUUUUUGCAAGUGAUAUGUCGGCUUAUGUUUCGGGGCAGGAGAUUUUGGUGGAUGGGGGUGCUUCCAUUAACUAUCAGUAA